AUGGCCGAGGAUGGAAGGACGAGCCAGAAAGUGGUAGCGGCGGUCGAGGCUGGCGGGACGACGUUUGUGGUGGCAGUGUUUGCAGCGCCUGUGACGAGCGUGUGGGACGAGCCGCUGAGGCGGGCGGAGAUGGCGACGUUGCGCGAUGCGCAGGCGACGCUGGAUGGCGUGGUGGCGUGGAUUAGUGAGACUGUAGCCGAGCUGGGCGAGGGCAAUGACGACGGAUGCGAGCUGGUGGGCGUCGGCGUGGCCUCGUUUGGCCCGGUUGAUCUCAACAAGACCUCGGCAAGCUAUGGCUUCAUCACGACGACGCCCAAGGCCGGAUGGGCCAACACCGACGUGGUGGGCACGUUUGCAGCUGCAUUUGGCGUGCCGGUGGCGUUUGAGACGGACGUCAAUGCGGCGGCUCUUGCGGAGCGGAUGGCGGCGGGCGCGGGCGCCGAGCCCGAGGACGUCGGCGAUGCGGCGUUUGUGUAUGUGACUGUGGGCACGGGUGUUGGUGUGGGUGUGGCGCUGGAUGCCGAGACUGCAGUCCACGGCUUGCUUCAUCCCGAGGCGGGGCACAUGUGUGUGGGCAUGCAUCCUGCAGAUGCGGCAGCCGGCAUCGACAAUCUGCAUGUCUGCCCGUUCCAUGCCUGGUGCGUCGAAGGGUAUGUGGCAUCAGGCGGGCUUGCGGCGCGGUUCGGGGUGGCAGCCGCCGAUUUGGCGUCUGUGCCGGACGAUGAUGUCGGUUGGGACGCGGUGGCGUGGUAUCUCGCGCAGCUGGUGAUCAACGUCACGCUUGUCCUCUCGCCGCACACCGUCGUGCUCGGUGGCGGCAUCCUCAAGCGGCGCUCGCUCUAUGCGCGGGUCCGGAGCCACGUCCACACACUGCUCAACGGGUACCUCGCAGUUCCGCGGAUCACCGACUCGAUCGAGGCCUACCUUCGCCCGCCGCGACUCGCCGAGCCAGGGCUGACUGGUGCCGCCCUGUUGGUGUGA